GUCAUUAAUGUGCAAAAGAGUGGGAAGGCCGCUGCUUUGUGGAGAUCAUAUCGUAAAAAUUACUAUCAAAAUUAUCGGGAUUUUUAUGAAAAGUUCUGUAUGUAAUAAUUUUGUAAUUUGCACCAGGAAAGUAUGUUAGUAUUGGAACAGGCACGAAUUCUUCGGGCGCCGCCAUCGACAGAAAAGAACCUUUUUAUGGUCAAGUCGUCAAACUAACAAAUGACAUGAUGGAGGUAACGCACUCCAUCCGUGAGCGCACCAUUGCUGAAAACAGUCUGGUCAUACUUCUGCAAGGCCUACAGGGUCAUGUGACUACAGUGGAACUGCGGGACGAGAGCUCAGCCCGCGGCCGUCUGGUCAACGUCGAUGCCUUUAUGAACGUGCGUCUGGAGGAGGUGGAUUACUGUGACCGGCGCGGGCGACCUAGUAAGGUGGCAGAGCUGUUUAUCACCGGCAGGAAUGUCCGGUACGUACAUAUUCCCGACCACGUGGACAUCAUGGACACCAUCCAGACCCAGCUGCAGAAGAUCCACCGUGUUCGCAACUUUGGAAGCUCGCAUAGGGGCAGGAAGGAAUACUCGAAGAAAACAGCUAGCACUCUGUGAUCCUCACUUUGGUUUGGGGGCCCCACAUGUAAUACUAUGUGAUACUAUAUAGUAUAAAUGUAAUACUGUUUCAGUUAAACACACAGCUUCAUAUUGUUCACAGAGCAGAUGGAAUAGUGUUGGGGGUAAAAACUGAAUUGGAAGAAUCACAAUCCAGGAGGAGUCUAGCUGUUGAACAUUAAGUUCGCAUAACUACUAGUAAUGAUCGCUUGAUAGAGAAGUGGAAGGACAGUCUUCCCACUAAGAUCCCUCAUGUCCUGCCUGAAUAGACUCCCUAUUUGUGUUUAAGAAUGUUUUGCAAAAAUGUAACGUAAAUACAUUUGUUGUAACUAUGAAAAGCUUUGGACCUUUUUGAUGACAGGGUUAUGUAUUCUUUAUUUUAGCCUAUUGUGAACAGGGUUCAUCUUCUGUUUAUAUGGCGUACACUGUAGACUUGCAUUAUACUUUUUUCUGUGGUACAUUAUCUAAUAAUCGAAACUCAAGAUAAUGUUUCAUGGAAAAUCUGAUCAGGUGGGGCUGUGUGUCUGACACAUUUGAAUUGAUAAUGGAUGUAUUUACCUAGCCAGUCAUGGAAAGUGCACAGACUACAAGUGUAAAUGCUUUUUUUAAUUAUUAUGUACUUAAUUCCUCAGUUCAAGUAUAAGUAAAGAAAGAAUUACAUUUUAACUGGCAAGAGAAGUAA